ACGGGUUUCUUCGUUUCUUAAUUUUUCAAAGUUGAUCUGCACAUACCUUUUCUAAUUACUUUAUUAAUAGAAUUAUUAUUAAAGUAUUUUUUCGUUCGUGGGUAGCGUGUGAAGUGUUAACGGUUUACUUUUCGUUUUUUGUUUUUUGUUUUUUUUUUUUCCAUGGUUUUCUUUCUAGAAACUCGAGGAAGCAAAAUUGAGUUCCUCUUCCAAUUUUAAACUCGUUGAAGAGCAUUCCAAAGGUGUUGUUACUUGUUUCAUGAUCCCCAAUCCAAUAGCGUAAACAAAAAAAAAAACAAAAAAAAAAAAAUGGAGUCGCCAUCGUCGUGGGUUGUGCGAACCGUGGAUGAGUUAGUGGAAGGGAUAAUGAGGAUCCAUAGAUCGUUACCGGCGAGGCAGGAAAUCGAAGAAGUGGAAGCGGCGAGAACUCUGAUCGCAAACGUGGAGAGAGAAGACCAAGCGAGGCUUGAGGCCAUGGCGGUGGCGGCGAGGCAAAACAAGAAUCCCGGUGUGCCGGAGGAACUGUUCAUUGUGUUUCAAGAGAUGCAGAAGAACAUUGUGUAUUUCCAGAGCAAGGAGCAGAAGAGGGAUGCUCUUAAAGUUCUCGAUCUAGAAAACGCCCACUCCCUGUUUGAUGAAUUGAUUCACAGAGCUUCCAAGUGCGUUUCCAACAAGAAUUCGGUUUCUCAAAGGGGUUUCGAUGACCCUGAUCCUGACCCUCUGCCUCAAACUUCUGUUUCUUCGAGUUUAUUCAAGAAAGAACCUUUGAAGGCCGAAUUAUUGUUCACGAGAGAUGAUAGUUAUGUGAGUAAGGCCAAGUCCACGUUUUUCCCUGGUGGGUAUGGAAUUGGACCCGCUAUCUCAUCCAAAGCACAGAUAGUAGAUUCCUCGUUAAAACCCUCUUACACUUCAGGUCAAGAUGCUGGUGGUGGUGGAGAUAAGUUGAGUUUGAUAAAACUGGCUAGCUUAGUUGAAGUAUCUGCAAAGAAACGUACCCAUGAUCUCAAUUUGCAGAACAAGUUGAUGGACCAAGUUGAUUGGCUACCUGAUUCGAUAGGAAAGUUAUCGAGUUUGGUCACCCUGGAUUUAUCUGAGAAUAGGAUUAUGGCACUUCCUUCCACAAUGGGAGGCCUUUCGUCCUUGACCAGGUUGGAUUUGCAUUCAAAUCGGAUCAAGGAGCUCCCGGAUUCUGUUGGGGAUCUCCUUAGUCUUGUGUAUUUAAAUGUUGGAGGAAAUCAGUUAUCAUCUCUGCCAGCUUCUCUUGGCAGAUUGAUACGUCUUGAGGAGCUUGAUUUGAGCUCAAAUCAGGUUUCUGUGCUUCCUGACUCUUUAGGGUCACUUGUUAGCCUAAAGAUAUUGAAUGUGGAGACAAAUGAUAUAGAAGAAAUCCCGCAUUCUGUUGGUCGAUGUUCUUCUCUUAGAGAGCUUUGUGCUGAUUAUAACCGCCUCAAAGCCCUGCCAGAAGCUGUAGGGAAGAUUCAGAGUCUUGAGAUUUUGUCUGUGCGGUACAACAACAUUAAACAACUACCUACAACAAUGUCAGGUCUAACAAACCUGAAGGAACUUAAUGUAAGUUUCAAUGAGCUUGAAUCAGUGCCUGAGAGCUUAUGUUUUGCCACCUCUCUUGUCAAGAUGAACAUAGGAAACAAUUUUGCUGACAUGCAAUCCUUACCAAGAUCCAUUGGGAACCUUGAAAUGCUUGAGGAGUUGGAUAUCAGCAAUAAUCAGAUACGUGUCCUUCCUGACUCAUUUAGGAUGCUCACUCGACUACGCAUCUUACGAGUGGAAGAGAAUCCUCUUGAAUUACCACCAAGACAUAUAGCUCAAAAGGGAGCACAGGCGGUUGUCCUGUACGUGGCUGAACUUGUGGAGAAGAGGAAUGUUAAAUCCCAGCCAGUUAAGCAGAAAAAGAGUUGGGUUCACAUGUGCUUCUUUUUCAAGUCUAACAAAAGAAAGCGUGAUGGCGUGAUUAUGUGAAAACCUGAUUAAAUUCCAACUAAAUCAUUGUUGGCAAGCAACAGAUUCCAUGAGUAAGUUAAGUUGUUUUUUUGGUCAAUACUUGUGCUACAGGGAGUUGAGUAUUGGUUAUGAAAUAUAGGCUUAUUUAAUCGUUGUUCACAAGUAUCUGCUUUAUGGCUAGAUUUCUUUACAGGGAACAGUAGCAAAGAGUGAAUGCAUGCUUUAAUUGUUAUUUGUUACUGUUAGAGUAGAUUGGUAAAGCUAACAUGUAAUAUUUGUUUGCUGCUAAUGUUGUGUGUUCUUGACAGGGAUAUACAUUUGUGUUUAUAGAAAAGGACAAAGAUAUGUUUGUCAGUCUGCAGGCAACAUUAGGAGAGAAUGAAUUGGCAACCUUCGUUGGCUGUUGGAAUUUGCUAACUCUGAGGCACAAACCACAAACUGUAGAGUUCCUGUUCAUUUUUUUUUCUUUGUUUUUAGAAUUUUAUUUUCUGAUUUUAUUUCAUUCAUAUUUCUGUUGCAUGAAAGUGUAAAGAAGUGUUACCAACGGGCAAAAAAUGGAUAUGGGUAGUGGGGAAGAACCAGAGAUGAUAAUUAUGUACCAUGUAAAUUCACAUCCA